AUGAUAUUUUUAAAAUUCAUCAAAUCAUUUACUUUAGUACUAUUGUUCCUUUUAUAUUUAAAUAAUAUUGUCUAUGCAUAUAAAAUUAUUAUGAAGGAAGAGACAAGUAAGAAUAUUGUGAAUGAAGAUCAUUCCCAUGAAGAGGCAACAUUUAUAAAAGCAAGUGAGGAAGAAUAUACAAGUAAGAAGGAAGAUGAGGCAAAUGAAAUUGAUAUUUCCUCUGAAGAAAAUCCCACUAAGCAUUUACCCGGUAAUGAAAAUAGUGAAACAGUAAAUGAAGAAGGAAAUGAUAAUAUAAGUGGCGGUGAAACUGAUAAUUCAAAUGAAGUAAAAACCACUAAAGAAAAUGAAGUUGCUUUUACUGAAGAUUUAAUUAAAAAUAUGAUGAAAACAAGAGAAAAUGAACAACAAAAAACAAUGAAAGAUAUUUUAGACAAUCCUGAAGACAUACUCAUUAUAGCAUCUUCUGCUAAUAGUUUUUUUCAAAAAGGAAAAGAUUUAUUCAUGACAGACAGAGAUAAUUCAGAAACAAUACGAAAUAAUCUAAAAAAAAAAAAUAAUGAAGUGAAAGAAGCAGUUAACUAUAUAGAUGAAGGUAUAUAUAAGCUCGAACAAAUAAUUAUGAAAGUGAGAUUUUAUACAGAAGUUAUAAACAAUUUUAUAAAAUUUAAAAGUAACUAUGUAUGCAAUUAUUCUAAAUGUGGUGAAAAUGCUCGUUGUUAUAUUGUUGAAAAAAAUAAAGAAGAAUGCAGAUGCAGAGCCAACUAUAUUCAAGAUACCAAUACUGAUCUCUUUACAUGUAUACCUAUGAAUGAAAAAAGUUGUUCUGUUAAUAAUGGAUACUGUGAUAAAAAUGCAGAGUGCUCUAUUACUGAUAAUAUAAUUAAAUGUCAAUGUGAGGAUUCUUUUUUUGGUGAUGGCAUUUUUUGUGUUAAAAACUAUCAAAUGAAGCAAUCUCUAUGCAUAUUUAUAAUAUUUUUAAUAUGUUUGUUUCAAAAAUAUUUUGUAUAA